CCUGCACAUCCUUGGUUCAACUCCGUAGCACCCGUAGCAUCGUGCAUCAUUCUCAGCCAACCACGGACCCCUGAGCAAGAUCAAUCCCAAAAUUAGAUACCUAGUCCGUACACUAAACCUCCUAACCCCCGCAUGUUGCGAACUCGAUUACUUGAUUGCUUCUCAACUCUACUCUAACUAAGUUCCAAGGAGGAAAAGUUCUCAAUUCUCAUUUUCCUUUUCAUCCCUUUCUUCAGUCUACCUAUUCCGGCCUAUCUAGGUACCUAUCUCCUAGGUGCUCGUCACCUUAGUUUGUCCUACAUCCCGGCCAUCUACGAUCUAUCCACACGAUCUUUUCGAAAAUCCCACCUCCUGUCCUUCGUACGCAUGUUCCACGUCUUCUCGGUCGGCAUCUUAUGGUUGUUGGUUUCGGUUGCAGAACCCCAUCGGUAGAUCAACGACAGCAGUGAACCACAACAAUGGGGAUCGCCGAGCGAAGGUCCAUUCGCUCUUGUAUUACACGCCUGUCUCGUCCGCAGAAGAUAAUAUUAGGCGUGCUAGCUUUUCUCUUUAUUAUUUAUAAUUUGACACCAUACGACAGCCGACCAAGGUCGUUCUUUAGAUUUCAACACAAUAUCAUUCAAGACUAUUACCAAAACGUCCACCCCACCGAUUCCUGGCUCUUCAAACCGCAGCGUUAUCCGAUCGAUCCUAAUAAUGACAUCGCCAUAAUAGUUAAGACUGGAUUUGGGACGAAGCACCGGGUUCCAGCAGCGUUACGAGCGUUGAACAACGAAUCUUUUUAUGCCGACACUAUAGUCACCCAGGAUUUCCCACUACUUCCAGAUCAAAGAAACUACACUUUCGCAAAUGGCAAGGAGGUGCCAGUCAUUGAUAUCAUUGGAUGGAACUUGGAACGAGGGGCUCUCAAGGGCCAAGAGCAGCAGGAACGUGUGAUGAAAUACGCGAACCUUGCCGAUGCCGUUGAUGGUGAAGAGUGGAUGCUCGCCGAUGGGCUAGGUAAAGACAUGGGAUGGGAACUCGAUGCGAUGAAGUUCCUCCCCAGUCUUGAGUAUGCCUGGCAAACCUUACCGAAGAAGAAGUGGUACAUCAUGGCAGACGAUGACACGUACAUCAUCAAGUCGUCUUUGAAUCUGGUUCUGGGACAUUUGAACUAUGCCAAACCACAAUUCCUUGGGAACCCGGUAGGCGAUUACAAAGGCCGUUUUCCGCAUGGCGGGUCGUCUGUGGUCAUGUCUGGUGCUGCUCUUAGCAAGCUAUACGAUCAACACCCCGAAGUCGUUGCUGAAGGUCAUCAGGAGUCCCCUACAGCGAUCUAUGGUGACAAGCUUCUUUCUACGACAUUCAUGAAGAUCGGGAUUUACCUAGACGAAACGUAUCGACGCCUAUUCAAUGGCGAGCCUCCAUGGAUGACGCGGAUGUGGGUUGAUCGGUUCUGUUUGCCUCUCGUUUCCUUCCACGGUCUUGGAAACAGCGACGCUAUGAUACACGUAGGCGAAACCUUCAAGAACAUGACAGAACCUGUAUUCUGGGGACAGAUGGGCAAGAUUUAUGGCGCGCCGGACUUCUCGACAUUCAUCGCCGAACCGAUUCGACCCAAUGUGGAUUACGUCGGGCGACUCGACGAGUAUAGUACGACCGUGGAUAAAAUCACGGAAGUUGACGAGUGUGUCAGAAUCUGCCAUGAACACCCUGUCGGAUGCCUUGCUUGGACAUUUGAUCCAGGGCGGCAACAGUGUCACUUUGCGCGAUGGGCCAUUGUUGGCGAUCAUGUUGAGGGACGAUUUUCAGGCAUAAAUGGGAAGCUAGCCGAGAAGCUAGAAAACUCAUGCCACUCUCCACGAUAGGACGAUUACGUCUCUGCAUUCUAUUUUAAGAUUUUAUUCUGUAUAUAUACUAGGCGGGUAUGAUAUACGCGGGGUGUCUCAUUCGGCAAGGACAUGCUGGUCGGACGGACGAAAUCAUAGACUUCGCACGGGGGAAGCACAUGAAUUGGAACGAUACCCGGGACGGACUGUAAUUUGUAAUGGAUCGUAGAUGAGCAUCUUAAUCCUAAUAGGACUCAACAGUCUUCCUACACAUACAUAUUGGCCGCAAGCUUGGAGGGGUGAUGUUCCUGACUGUAAAACAUAGUAGGACUGCUGGAUGAGUUUCCUCACUCGUGCGUACAGCUUUGGUAUGUACUACAUAGGCAGUCGAGGCAAUCUCUACAUGUGAUGAAUGCGGGUUGAGAGUACAGUGUGUUGCCGCACGCUAAAUUUGAGCCUAUGUAGUACUUAUAAUACUCCAACAUUCCGUACUUGCUUUCACGACUCGGCAAAAAUCUGACACAUGUAUUUCUUACAUAACUUCAAUUAAUAUCGUAUCUGGUAGAGCUAAUACACAUGCGAGUAAGAAGCUUAUUAGCUACCGGUAGGUGCCUCCCUACUUAGGAGGUAUGUCAUCUCAUGCCUCUCUGUCCGGUAUAGGCAGGUGUUGUGGCCUAAACCUUAGAUUCCCAAGU